CUCAACUCCCUCCCCUUUCCGGGCCGGCCCGUCCUGUCAGCGAGGCAGUGAGCCCCGCGGCCAGCAGAGGGCGGUCGGGACCCGAGUCUGCAGCGGCGCCAUUGGCGUGUGGAAAAUGCCACCAGAUGGCGGGUUAGGAUUGCAGCUCCGUUGAAGGCGCGGCCCCCGCUCCCGAACCCCCGGCGACCACCCCGUAACAACCCCCCCACAUCGGGAAUAACACACCGGAGACUUUUGGGGGGAAACUAGGUCGACGGCCGACAGCGCCCGGAUGGGCAGCUGAGGUGUGCCUUUGAGAUUGCAUAACAAGUUAGAAUUAUAUAGAAAUUUCUGUAUUGUGGAAUAACCUCUCCAGCAAUGAUAACUUCAGAGUUACCAGUGUUGCAGGAUUCAACUAAUGAAACUACUGCCCAUUCUGAUGCUGGCAGCGAACUUGAAGAAACAGAGGUCAAAGGAAAACGAAAAAGGGGUCGUCCUGGCCGGCCUCCAUCUACAAAUAAGAAACCUCGAAAAUCUCCAGGAGAAAAGAGCAGAAUUGAAGCUGGAGUUAGAGGGGCAGGUCGUGGAAGAGCUAACGGACACCCUCAACAGAAUGGUGAUGGGGACCCUGUCACAUUAUUUGAAGUGGUGAAACUGGGGAAAAGUGCAAUGCAGUCCGUGGUGGAUGACUGGAUUGAAUCAUAUAAACAAGACAGGGACAUCGCACUUCUGGAUUUAAUCAACUUUUUUAUCCAGUGUUCAGGAUGUCGAGGUACUGUCAGAAUAGAGAUGUUUCGAAAUAUGCAGAAUGCAGAAAUCAUCAGAAAAAUGACUGAAGAAUUUGAUGAGGACAGUGGUGACUACCCCCUUACCAUGCCUGGCCCUCAAUGGAAAAAAUUCCGUUCCAAUUUUUGUGAAUUUAUUGGAGUCCUGAUUCGGCAGUGUCAGUAUAGCAUAAUUUAUGAUGAAUAUAUGAUGGACACCGUAAUCUCCCUUUUGACUGGUUUAUCAGAUUCCCAGGUCAGAGCUUUUAGGCAUACAAGUACGCUUGCUGCCAUGAAGCUGAUGACUGCUCUGGUGAAUGUUGCCUUAAACCUCAGUAUUCAUCAGGAUAAUACACAGAGGCAAUAUGAAGCUGAGAGAAAUAAGAUGAUUGGGAAGAGAGCCAAUGAAAGGCUGGAGUUAUUACUUCAGAAACGCAAGGAGCUACAAGAAAACCAAGAUGAAAUUGAAAAUAUGAUGAACUCUAUUUUUAAGGGUAUAUUUGUUCAUAGAUACCGUGAUGCAAUUGCUGAAAUUCGAGCCAUCUGUAUUGAAGAAAUUGGAGUAUGGAUGAAAAUGUAUAGUGAUGCCUUCCUAAAUGACAGUUACCUGAAAUAUGUAGGAUGGACUCUUCAUGAUAGGCAAGGGGAAGUCAGACUGAAGUGUUUGAAAGCUCUACAAAGCCUGUAUACCAAUAGAGAAUUAUUCCCCAAAUUGGAGCUAUUUACAAAUCGAUUCAAGGAUCGCAUUGUAUCAAUGACUCUUGACAAAGAAUAUGAUGUUGCUGUGGAAGCAAUUCGAUUGGUUACUCUGAUACUUCAUGGAAGUGAAGAAGCUCUUUCCAAUGAAGACUGUGAAAAUGUUUACCAUUUGGUGUAUUCAGCACAUCGCCCUGUUGCUGUGGCAGCUGGAGAGUUCCUUCACAAAAAGCUGUUUAGCAGACAUGACCCACAAGCAGAGGAAGCAUUAGCAAAGAGGAGAGGAAGGAACAGUCCAAAUGGGAAUCUCAUCCGGAUGCUUGUUCUCUUCUUUCUUGAAAGUGAGUUACAUGAACAUGCAGCCUACUUGGUGGACAGUCUGUGGGAGAGCUCUCAAGAACUGUUGAAAGAUUGGGAAUGUAUGACAGAGUUGCUAUUAGAAGAACCUGUUCAAGGAGAGGAAGCAAUGUCAGACCGUCAAGAGAGUGCUCUUAUAGAGCUAAUGGUUUGUACAAUUCGCCAAGCAGCUGAGGCACAUCCUCCCGUGGGAAGGGGUACCGGCAAGAGAGUGCUAACAGCCAAAGAAAGGAAAACUCAAAUUGAUGAUAGAAACAAAUUAACGGAGCAUUUUAUCAUCACACUUCCUAUGUUACUAUCAAAGUAUUCUGCAGAUGCAGAGAAGGUAGCAAACUUGCUACAGAUUCCACAGUAUUUUGAUCUAGAAAUCUACAGCACGGGUAGGAUGGAAAAGCACCUGGACGCUUUAUUAAAACAGAUUAAGUUUGUUGUAGAAAAACAUGUAGAAUCAGAUGUUCUAGAAGCCUGCAGUAAAACCUACAGCAUUUUAUGCAGUGAAGAGUAUACGAUUCAGAACAGAGUUGAUAUUGCUCGGAGCCAGCUGAUUGAUGAAUUUGUAGAUCGAUUCAAUCAUUCUGUGGAAGAUCUGUUGCAAGAGGGUGAAGAAGCUGAUGAUGAUGAUAUCUACAAUGUUCUUUCCACCUUAAAGCGUUUAACUUCUUUCCACAAUGCUCAUGAUCUCACGAAAUGGGAUCUAUUUGGUAAUUGCUAUAGACUAUUGAAGACUGGAAUUGAACAUGGAGCUAUGCCAGAACAGAUAGUCGUACAGGCACUGCAGUGUUCCCAUUACUCGAUUCUGUGGCAGCUGGUGAAAAUUACUGACGGUUCUCCUUCCAAAGAGGAUUUGUUGGUUUUGAGGAAAACAGUGAAAUCUUUUUUGGCUGUUUGCCAACAGUGCCUAUCUAAUGUUAAUACUCCAGUUAAGGAACAGGCUUUCAUGCUGCUUUGUGAUCUCUUAAUGAUUUUUAGCCACCAGUUAAUGACAGGUGGCAGAGAGGGCCUUCAGCCUUUGGUGUUUAAUCCAGAUACUGGACUCCAGUCUGAACUCCUCAGUUUUGUGAUGGAUCACGUUUUCAUUGAUCAAGAUGAGGAAAACCAAAGCAUGGAGGGUGAUGAAGAAGAUGAAGCUAAUAAAAUUGAAGCCUUACAUAAAAGAAGGAAUCUACUUGCUGCCUUCAGCAAACUUAUCAUUUAUGAUAUUGUUGACAUGCAUGCAGCUGCAGACAUCUUUAAACACUACAUGAAGUAUUACAAUGACUAUGGUGAUAUCAUUAAGGAAACCCUGAGUAAGACCAGGCAGAUUGAUAAAAUUCAGUGUGCUAAGACCCUAAUUCUCAGUUUGCAGCAGUUAUUCAAUGAACUUGUUCAAGAACAAGGUCCUAAUCUGGAUAGGACUUCUGCCCACGUCAGUGGCAUUAAAGAACUGGCACGUCGGUUUGCCCUUACAUUUGGAUUGGACCAGAUCAAGACCCGAGAGGCAGUCGCCACCCUUCACAAGGAUGGAAUAGAGUUUGCCUUUAAAUACCAGAAUCAGAAAGGACAAGAAUAUCCACCUCCUAAUCUGGCUUUUCUUGAAGUACUAAGUGAAUUUUCUUCUAAACUUCUUCGACAGGACAAGAAGACUGUUCAUUCAUAUCUAGAGAAAUUCCUCACUGAGCAGAUGAUGGAAAGGAGGGAGGAUGUAUGGCUUCCACUCAUUUCCUAUAGAAAUUCAUUAGUCACUGGGGGUGAAGAUGAUAGAAUGUCUGUGAACAGUGGAAGUAGCAGCAGUAAAACUUCCUCAGUGAGGAGUAAGAAAGGAAGACCCCCACUGCACAGAAAACGAGUCGAAGAUGAAAGUCUGGAUAACACAUGGCUAAACAGGACUGACACUAUGAUUCAGACUCCUGGACCCCUGCCAACCCCACAGCUCACCUCCACUGUGCUUAGAGAGAACAGCCGCCCCAUGGGAGAACAGAUCCAGGAACCUGAGUCUGAACAUGGUUCUGAACCAGACUUUUUACACAAUCCCCAGAUGCAGAUCUCUUGGUUAGGCCAGCCGAAGUUAGAAGACUUGAAUCGGAAGGACAGAACAGGAAUGAACUACAUGAAAGUGAGAGCUGGAGUAAGGCACGCUGUUCGGGGUCUAAUGGAGGAAGACGCUGAGCCCAUCUUUGAAGAUGUGAUGAUGUCAUCACGGAGCCAGUUAGAAGACAUGAAUGAAGAAUUUGAAGACACCAUGGUUAUUGAUUUGCCCCCAUCAAGAAAUCGGCGAGAAAGAGCUGAGCUGAGGCCAGACUUCUUUGAUUCUGCAGCUAUCAUAGAAGAUGAUUCAGGAUUUGGAAUGCCUAUGUUCUGAAGUCUGAAGAAAAUUUACAAAUCUGGAACUCUAUUAUUUAGAGCUAGAGGCCUAUAUACUGUGAUAGCUUGUAUGGGGGAAGAAACACUUUUGAUGUGAUCUGAUUUGUUUUGUAAUCAAAUGAUUAAAGGUUGGUCCCCUUUGCAGUGACAGAGCAGCAUGUCAGUUACCCACGAAAAUGUUGGUAAUGUCACCUCAGAAAGACUGACCAAAAAAAUCAUUUGUACUCUAAUGUUGGACUUAUCUCAGUACAGAUGUGUGUGUGUUUUUCUGAAAGGAGGAAGAUAUUUUAAAUUUUUAAAACAGCUGUCAAAAUAAACACUGUUAUACACCUGUUUUAUGAAAAUUCAGCAUUGAGUAAAAAAAUAUUUUUAACUUUA